AUGGAAUAUGAUGAGGAUGAUGAUAUUUUCUUUGCAAAAUGGAUGAGCAGCUUCUGGGGCCACAACUUGAUCGAUGAGGAGAAAGAAGGCAGAGGCCACAAGAAACGUCAGCCACAGCUCUGGAGUGAAAGGAGGGCAUCCCUACCGGCCAAGCUUUCAUCCCUCCAUACAACACGACUUCACGCUUCUGCCAAAGGCUCAUCUUCAGGCCACCUCAGGGGCUCCAAGGAAUUUCAGGAAGACCAAGAUGUCAAAUGUCACUGCCACAGGAAGGCAAGCAGAACGCCUUCAGCAGACAGCUCAUGUCCAGAGACAAGAUCAAACUCCAUUCAGGAAUUUGCAGAGUCCUUUGAAAAGCAAUUGCAUCUCAAAAGCAAACGCUCAGUUUCUCUGCAACCUGAAGGUGCAAAAGAGAGACGAGAAAGAGAAAAAUUGCAUUUGAGAAAAAGCAAGUCUCAUAAGAAAAUGGGAGAGAAAUCAGAGGGAAGGAGAGAGCGGGAUGAAGCUGAAAGUUCAGAAGUACCUGCAAAACACAGCAAACAGUUUCCAUCACAAGCAAGCAUUCAGAAAGGUUAUGUAUCCACAGGCAGCUAG